CAUGCGGGAGGGGCGGUCGCCUGCCAGGUGGGAAAGCGGGGCAGGUUGGAAGGGGUGGAUCACACCUGCUGCGGAUACGUUCGUCGGAGAGGAGUGGGCUGCUACCAUGAGGUUAAAUCAGAACAUCUUGCUGCUGGGAAAGAAGGUGGUGCUGGUACCCUACACCCCAGAGCAUGUGCCUAGGCCGACCCUCCGUCCCUGCAGGUACCACGAGUGGAUGAAAUCAGAGGAGCUGCGGCGUUUGACAGCCUCCGAGCCGCUGACCCUGGAGCAGGAGUAUGUGAUGCAGCACAGCUGGCAGGAAGAUGCAGACAAGUGUACCUUCAUCGUGCUGGAUGCGGAGAAGUGGCAGGCCCAGCCAGGCACCAGCGAAGAAAGCUGCAUGGUGGGAGAUGUGAACCUCUUCCUCACGGAUCUAGGGGACCCCUCCUUGGGGGAGAUUGAGGUCAUGAUUGCAGAGCCCAGCUGCAGGGGCCAGGGCUUGGGCACCGAGGCCGUCCUCAUGAUGAUGUCUUAUGGAGUGACCAAGCUAGGGCUGACCAAGUUUGAGGCUAAAAUUGGGCAAGGAAAUGAACCGAGCAUCCGCAUGUUCCGAAAGCUUCACUUUGAGCAGGUGGCUGUGAGCAGUGUCUUCCAGGAGGUGACGCUCAGACUGGCGAUGAGUGAGCCGGAGCGGCAGUGGCUCCUCGAGCAGACCAGCCACGUGGAAGAGAAGCCCUACAGAGCUGGGGCGUCGGAGCCCCGCUGACAGCCGGCCUUGUGGGCCAGCCCCCCCCCCCCGCGUGGCUGGGGGUGUGAGACCAGAGCCCUGCAGCAGGCAGACUGUGGGGCCUGUGGGGCGGAGUGCUCUGGCCUUGCUCCAGCCUGGGACUCUCCUCUUGGGGCCCUUCAGACUCCGGGCUGGACUUGCCUUGGCCUCCCUCUGGCUGGCCUUGUGGCUGAGCCACUCCAGGGCCCUCCUCCUGGCCAAACCUGGACUCAGACUCUUGGAAUCUGGAGUGGACGGCAGGAAUCCAUGGGCAGAGGCAGGGUGGAGGCGGAGCCGGAGACGAGGGGGUGCCUGGUGAAUGGGCGGGACCUCCCUUUUCCCUGGGGGGCCAGAGGGGCCACUGAGGCCCUGGCCGGGAGUAAAGCGCACCGC